CGUGAUUUCUACGUAAGGUUGGAAGAGAAUCGACGUACGCCAGAUAUCUGACGUAAAUAUCCACAACAAACAUGGCGGACGAUCACACAGAUGCAGAUCAGUCCAUGGAGGGACACACUCCUGUGUCUGAAAACCCUCAUGCAGAGUACGGCCUGACAGACAACAUCCAGAGGACAGUGGACAGUGAGAAGAGUGCAGAGAAGAUGCAGAAGCAGAAGGUGGACCUUCAGGCUCUACCAACCAGAGCUUACCUGGACCAGACUGUAGUCCCCAUCCUGCUGCAGGGCCUGUCUGUGCUCGCCAAGGACAGACCUCCCAACCCCAUCGAGUAUCUGGCUGCGUUCCUGCUGAAGAACAAAUCUCAGUUCGAGGAGAGAAAUUAGUUGCUGUUUGUUCUUCGUCUGUUUUUUUUAAUCCACAAUAAAAAUGUUGCUGUGAAACAGGAA